AUGAAUAAUAUAACAAAAGAUCAGUUUAUGUUAAGCGUCGGUCUAUAUAUAGAUGAGUCCAACAAAAUCUGUAUAAUUGAUCCCCAAUUGACUGAUAAAAGCAGUGAAUUGAAGAAUGAAAGCAUUGAAUUGAUUGAUAAAACACAACAAUUUCAACAAAUUGUCGAUAAUUUUGUAGAAAUAAUUGAAAAUCUGGCCAAAGAUGUGGAAAAUGCAAGAAUUAAUGCAAUCGGUUCACGAAAUCUAUUGAAGACAUUUCAGCAAAAACAUGAAUCAGAUGUACAACAGUUGAUGUCAUUGAUUAAGGAAAAGAAAAACGAGUUGAAUAGAUUUCGUGUUCAAUACGAUUCAUUAAAACGUGAAGAAUCGGAACAAAUAGAUCUAAUGGACAAUCUAUUAGCAAAUAAAUAG